AAUGUGCUUUUGCGCUGGUAAUUGGGCAUUCAGUUGACUUUCUGUAUGCGUAGCGCAAACAACUGCAAGAUUUGCCUGCGGAACGCAAAGCGGCGCUUUUGCAGAGUACACGCGUGCGUGGAUUGUUGUUGCAUAAACAAGAGGCAGUUUUGAAUUACACAAGCCUUGAAUAGUGUGGUGAUUUGAAAAUCUGAAGAAUUUUCGUAAAAUCUCUUUACACAUAUUUUUUGUGGAUUUUCGGUGAAAUAAAAAACAGGGAUUUUAUUAACUAAAAGUGGUGAAUUACGAAUCGUAAAACUGGCUGGCGCUGUCAAGUGCACACUAAAAUAACGCUCACAAUAAAAUGUUGCAUGAAAAUUUAUACUGAAUGCCACAAGCCAUUAACGCGUUGUAAUUUCUCAAUUAACAAAAUCAGUGUGCUUCAAAAAAAAUGUACAACACUCUCAAAAUCAGCUGACAUUCCUGACUAAUGCGCUGUGCAACCCUUCAGUCAUCAAAAAAAAUCACAUUGAUUGUUUUUGUAAUUUAAUUACCAACAUUUAGUAGCUUGCAAGUGAAUUCCAGGUAGUGAAUCACGCAACGCACACACUUAAAGGAUUUGUGUUUUUUGUUUUUACCCCCAAUGCUAACGGUAUAACCCCUCAAUUCGUAUACCACAUCAAGAGUGCGUGCAACAAACACCUCCACCCCCGAAUUCAGCUCACAUUUGCAUGUGUUUGUGCAGAAACAAAAUUGCCUCGCUCGUAAUUGUUGUUGUUGGUUCUGAGAAGGAAGCGUAUAAAUUGCAAACGGUUAUAUAAAAAUUAUUGCGCAUAAAAAUUGUGCUAAAAAGCAACGGUGCAACGGUGCAUUGCAAGGCAGUGUUGUAUGAAAUAACAUACUUGUCUGCUGAGAGUGUGCAUGUGGCAAGUAAUUGUUCGUUAGAAAUAUAAAUAAUUCAAUGCAAUCGAAAAAUUAAAUUUUCAGCUAACAAAAGUAUAGCUUUGAUACUGAUUAAGAGGUACAAAAACCAUAAGUGACUAAAGCGUGAAGUGUUGGAAAAAAGGUCUUAAGAUAAAUAGUGUAUUCAAACAAAAGUAGCUUAAAGUAAAAAAAAACAGCGAACAAAACAAAAAUAGUGUACACACACGUAAGCGGACGGCAGGAAAAUGGGCAAGAAAAACUCCAAAUUGAAGCAGGACACCAUCGAUCGUCUAACAACAGCCACAUACUUCACAGAAAAAGAAAUCAGACAAUGGCACAAAGGUUUUCUGAAAGACUGUCCGAAUGGUUUGCUGACAGAACAAGGUUUUAUUAAAAUUUACAAACAAUUCUUCCCGCAAGGAGAUCCCAGUAAAUUCGCAUCGCUGGUGUUUCGGGUCUUCGACGAGAAUGAGGAUGGUGCGAUUGAGUUUGAGGAGUUCAUACGGGCGUUAUCGAUUACAUCACGUGGCAACCUGGAUGAAAAGCUGCAAUGGGCAUUCCGACUCUACGAUGUGGACAAUGAUGGCUACAUAACGAGAGAAGAAAUGUAUAAUAUAGUGGAUGCAAUAUAUCAAAUGGUGGGUCAACAGCCGCAAACGGAGGAAGAGAACACGCCGCAGAAGCGUGUCGACAAAAUAUUCGACCAAAUGGACAAGAAUCACGACGAUCGUUUAACGCUCGACGAAUUUCGUGAGGGUAGUAAAGCUGAUCCACGUAUAGUGCAGGCGUUAAGUUUAGGUGGUGAUUAACCAAAAGAGACUUAGUUUAAUUCUGCUACAGAUUAAACGAGGAAACUAAACGGAUAUAAAAACAAAAAGAAAAAAAUAAUUAAAAGUACACUGCAGGAAAAAAUAAUAGCAAAGUAAUUUUAAUUACAAAAAAAUAAUAAAACAAACAGUAGGGAAGCAUAGGUGGUUAGAGGUUAUCAAUUUUUGCAAAAUUUUAAGAAUGCAAGCGAGUAAAGGCAAAAGGGAAGCACACUUGAUACGCACACAGGCAUACAAACAUGACUGCUUUGGUGGCUUUAGGCUACCAAAAGCGCCCAAAACACACACACACACAUGUGUAAACACUCAUAUGCAUACAUGUACAUGUACAUAUACAUGCACAUCUUUGAGUUACAUGACAGUUAGGUUAAUAAUACAAAAAAAAUAUGCGAAAGUAGAGCAAGCGGUAGAAAAGCUUCGAAUACCGAUUAUGUCAAUGGUUUGCAAAUGCAAAAACUGCAAAACUAAGAAACCAAAAACAACAAAAACAAUAAACAACAGUAAAAGUAAUGCAAUUUAUAAAGUAUACGCAUUGCAAAUGUAGGAGAAACGGGUUUAGUGUAGUUAAACAAUAUUCAAGCUGCAAUCAAUAGACAUAGGCGCACAUGCAUUAAAUAGCAUACAUAUGCAAUGUACACAGAUACACGCGCACAUGCAUACAUGCGCGCACACAUAGUUUAUAGUGAUGUCAACGAAACGGUAAUCAAAAUCUGCCCACAAAAAUGACGGCUAUGCGCGGCGUAGCCUCGCAGCAGCUCACAAAAUACAAAAUUUUUUGAAAAAAAUUUAAAAAGAAAAAUUAAUGAAAAUAAUAAACAAAAAUCAAAUUAACUUGGCAGCACACACUUGUAAAAAGUUAAGCUAAAUUUCUGUAGAAAACGAUGCGAAAUCAAAGCAAAUUAUAUAAUACAUAUAAAUUGCGAAAUUGCAUGCAGCCACACAAAAGGUCGAAUACAAAGGUGCGUUUUGAACAAAAAAAAUUUAAUGCUAAUAAACAAUAACAAAAACAAAAACAUUUGCAAAUAUUUCCAAGUAAAACGCAAUUUAUAAACAAAACAAAGCAAAUAAUUCAUAAAUAUGCUUGCGGGAGUAAAUUUAAAUAAAAAAAUAUUAAAUUCAAAUAGAAAAAUAUGCAUACAUAUUUCCAAAAAUAAAUUUCAGCUAUAAAAUACAUUAAAAAAAUUUGCUAAAAUUUUUGAAAGCAUGCAGCAAAUUAAUUACUGCGACUGCUAAUGAGAGUCAUGCUUUCCCAACGUUACCAUACUACGCGAAAUAAUCACUAAAUCGUGUACUUGUAAAUAUUAGUGAAACGAAAUUGUUAUGAACAAUGACACCAAUUUAAAAUUUAUUAUAUAAAGCUAUUAGAAUAUUCAAAAUAACAAUUGCAACUUUAAAAUUUUCCCUACUACUUUUAUUUGAAUCUCAAAACUCGUCCUUAAGACGUUAAAAAAAUUUUAAAAUAAUAUAUUACUUAUAAAAUAUUAAAAUCAAAUAAAUAUUGACAUUAAUAAAUUUGAUUAGGAAACAAUUUUCUUGCUUAAGCGUAGAAAAGAGGCAGAGAGGGAAAUUUUUAAUUGUUUUUGAAUAUUUCUCUCUACAAGCUCUUAACAAACCGCAGCUUUAUUUCUGUUUUUAGACAGCAACCUAAUAAAAAUUCAUAAAAAUAUUAAAUAUUUUCGAUCAGCGCUUAAAUAGUAACAGAUAUGGAAAAAUGAGAUAAAUAACCAAAUAAUUUUAUAAUUCUAUUGGAACUUCCACAGAGCUUUCUGAAAGCUCACAAAUAGCUUACGUCAUUCACAAAAACUCUAAAGAUAUAAAAAAAAAACAUAUAAAUAUCCUAACAAUUUUAUAAUUUUACAGAAAAUUCUGAAGAGCGUUUUGAAAAAGCUCUAAAAAAUCUCACUCUUAUCACAAAAGCUCUAAAGAUAUGGAAAAAAAUCAGAACAAUAUCCAAACAAUUUUAUAAUUCUAUUGCAACUUCUGAAGAGCUUUUUGAAAAAGCUCCCGAAAACUUUACUUUUACCACAUAGAGCUUUUGUAGAUAUGAAAAAAAUCAGAUCAUCCAAAGAAAUCCAAAUCCAAUCUUCUGAAGAGCUUUUUGAAAAAGCUCCCAAAAAUCUUACUUUUAUCACAAAAACUCUUUCAAAUCAAGCUGGAAGAAUGUGGCAUACAAAUAGUAUACCUCUAGUACCCAAUAUACUAUAUUGAGACGUCAAGUCCUUGGCCAUAAAUUUAGUUUUUUUUUCGAUUUAGUGACUAUAGAUUUUUGGAACAUAAUAAAGCUUUUGGUUAUUUCAAUAAAAUGUUAAAGUAAAUACAUAAAUAAAAUCAGAUAAAUAUUCAAACAAUUAUAUAAUCUUUUUAUAACUUCUCAAGAAAAUUUUGAAAAAGCUGCUUGAAAGCUUCUUUUAUCGCAAAAGCUUUUUUCAAAAAGUUAAAAGAAAAAUAUGUAAAAAUAACAUACAAAUAUCUCAUUUUCUACUUUAUAGUAACCAAUAUACCACAGUGAGACUUAAGGCUUUCGAGCUUGAGUUAUAGUUUUUGCAAGUUGUUAUAUAAUAGACUUUUUUGUCGUACCAUGACUGUUUUUGAACAAUAUCAAUAAAGGCUAAAAGUUGUCAUUAUUUGUUGAUAAAAUAAAAUGGUCUAAGCCUGCCGAAAGCUAAAUCGGGUAACUGUUUAUCCAUAGUGUCAAUGACAGUAGAGACAACGACAGUAAAAAACGACGCCCGAAAGCCAUAUCGGUUUCUUGGGUAAGGUAGUAACCACAGUUUCUUGGCGUUACAUUUUUGAAAUGCGUUUGUCAUAAACGAAGAGAAGCGAAGUGUCUAUUUACAACUACUAUGGAUAAGAAAUUUUGACAGUUCGUUUUUAUAUCUAGGGUUUAGUAAAUCAUUAAAUACUUAACACUUUUGAUAAUAGUAGGAAUUGAAUGCAGGUCAGUCAUAUCAAUAUUAUUUAAUUACAACAGUGGCGGCUCCACAGGGAGACUUUAGGGGAGAAUAGAAUUAAUUUAGUUGAUAGAUUGAUUCAUGGAGUUUGCUAAUUUCAUAAACUUAAUGCGCUGAAAAUAAUUUUAAUUACAAUUCAAAAAAAUUUUACGAAUUAAUACUAAAAAUUAAUUUGCAAGAAAACCACUCCAACUAAGAAAUUCUGGAUCCGUUACUGAUUAUUAUAGUAUUGGAAACUUCUGAAAGCUUUCUUCUACUUAUAGUAUUUAUAGCGUGAAGAAUAAAAAAGGUUUAAUAAAAAAAUUGUUCAAUGAAUAUUAGAUGAAUUUAUAAUUUUGUAUAUAAUUCAUAUAUAUAAAUUUAUAAUUUAAAUUUUUUUAUUUUAAUAUAAAGUAUUCGCAACAAAUUUCAAUUAUUAUUUCCAUUAAAACCGUUCAAUUAUUUGUUAGAAAUAUAAUAUUUUGCAAUUAUUCAAAAUGUAAUCCCAUUGGUAUACCUACAUUAUAUAAAAAGUGAGUACUUCGUUAAAAAGUUUUUCAAACCUUCUCCAUUUUUAUAUAAUUGUAAUAUUAUACGCAUGUUUUUUCGCUAAAUUUUCUAAAUAUUAUAUGGAUGUUAUUCAAAAUCUAAAUACUUUUUAAAAUUUUGCAUGCCAGAAAUUUUAUAUUCCUUGGACUCUUUUAUUAUUCUUACAACCUUUUUAUUUCACAAAAAAUAUACACUUUUGAAGUACACAGAAUAAAAUUUUAAAUAAAUAUUUAAAAUAAAAAUUUAUAAAUUUCAUAAAUAUGCUUAAAAUUUAUCUUUAAAAUCUCAAUACUAUUUUUUAAUAAUCAUAUUUUCUAAAAUUAUACAGCAGAGGUUUCAAUCAACAUUAUUCACCGAAUAAUUAUACGAAUUUUAGCUGAAGAUCAAGUAAAGAAAGAGUAUAGUUUAAAAUGACGUCAGAAAAGCAGAAUCGAGCAUUCGGUUUUUAUCAUAGCCUCAGAGAGCCUUAAUCACUUCUAAGCUUCUUAAAAUUUUUAAGAAUAAUAAAGAGGCAAAAUUUGAAUUGUUUUUGAAAAUUUUCUCUAUAAGCCUUUAACAAAUAGCAGCUUUAUUUCUGUUUUUAAACAGAAAUAUAAUAAGAAUUCAUAAAUAUGUUCAAUUUUGUUCGUCCAUUGAUUCAAUAGUAACAGAUAUGGAAAAAAAUCAAAUAAACAUUCAUUUAUUUUGACACUGCUGAAGAGCUUGUUGAAGAAGCUCCCAAAAGCCAUAAAUUUAUCACAAAAGCUCGAAAGAUAUAAACAAGAAUCAGAAUAAUAUCCAAAAAAUUUUAUAAUUCUAUGAACACUUCUGAAAAGUUUUUUUAAAAAGCUCCCAAAAACCUUAUAUCUAUCACAAAAGC